AAUUGUAAGCGCGAGCCUCAGACGGAGGCGCGCCGAGGCAACGGACACUACGAUGAGCUCCGCGCGGUGCGACUCUGCUGCUUUCUGACGGAAAAUACAGCCGAGCUUUGAUCCUAAUUGUUGAUUAUUUCUUCUUUCCAGCGACGUGAGCACGCAGACGGACAUUUUGAGAGUUAAUUCGCUGUGUGGUUUACAACAUGUCCUCCGCGGCGGUCGCUGCCUCCAGAAGGCAGUCCUGUUAUCUGUGCGACCUGCCCCGCAUGCCGUGGGCGAUGAUCUGGGAUUUUACCGAGCCCGUUUGCCGCGGAUGUGUCAACUACGAGGGGGCCGACCGGAUUGAAUUUGUUAUCGAGACAGCCCGGCAGCUGAAGAGAGCGCACGGCUUCCAGGACGGCCGCUCUCCGGGCCCGGGGAAGUCCCAGCACACCGGGAAGGAGAUAAACCACUCGUCCGGAGACGCGGGUUCCCGUCCGCCGCAGACGUUGGACCGCUACCCGCUGUCUGACCGGCCGCCCCGGCUGGGACCGGAGUACCAGGCGGGGAGGCAGGCAAACGGCCUCCCGAUGCCGAACGGAUUUCCAAAACCGGACGAGCCUCCGGAGCUGAACCGACAAAGUCCGAACCCCCGCAGGACUAGCACGGUUCCUCCCAACCUGGUGCCUCUGGUGAACGGCGGCAUACCGACCAUACACCAACUGAACGGUCGCGCGGCUCAGAUGGGUCUGCCCCCCGGGGUCCUGGCCGCGCCUGGCCACGGGGAGCACGGCAAGCGUCAGGACGAGCACAAAGACAAACACAGGCCGGACAGCCUGUCGGACAUGUCGGACAGCCAUAAGGAGUGGAUAGGCAAAGGCAAGACGGUCCGGGACCUGAUGGCGCUGCAAACCUUCGACAGCAGGUUUAAGAAGGAGCACGCGGCCAUGCAGCGGGUGAUGGGCUACGAGACCAGCGCCACUUCCUCAAAACCAGACAGGGGGAAGCUCCCGCGGAGCAGCAUGAAGAGGAAGGCCUCCCCUGAGCCAGACGGAGAGGGCAGCGCCCCCAAGAUGAACGGCAGCGAGAGCCAGCCUUGGCUCCCCUCGCCCUCCGAGGUCCUGAAGAUGCCCCCUGCUGCCCUGCCAGGCUUCUCAACGGCCCCCCCUUCCACCAUCUCCCCCCACUCCCGCACCACGCCGCCUGAGGCCGCCACGGCGCAGAAUGGCCAGUCCCCCAUGGCUGCGCUCAUCCUCGCCACGGACAACGCGGGCAGCACGGGCUCCCCCAAGGAUGCCAACCAGGUACACUCCACCACGGCGGGCGCACGGCGGAACAGCGGCAGCCCCCUGUCGCCGUCUUCGGCCUCUCAGAGGAGGCUGGCCCAGCGGGAAGGGUCCGUGAGCUCCAACCCUUCUGCUCUACACGCGCCCGGGGGCAUGGACCCCCACGCCCCGCCACCACAGAGCAUUCCAGACUCUUCCGUGCCGCCCGGCAGCGUGCCGCUGUGCUGCACUCUGUGCCACGAGCGGCUGGAGGACACUCACUUCGUCCAGUGCCCGUCGGUGCCCUCGCACAAGUUCUGCUUCCCCUGCUCCCGGGAGAGCAUCAAGCAGCAGGGCGCCACCGGCGAGGUAUACUGCCCCAGCGGGGAGCGGUGCCCGCUGGUGGGGUCCAACGUGCCCUGGGCCUUCAUGCAGGGGGAAAUAGCCACCAUCUUGGCCGGGGACAUAAAGGUGAAAAAGGAGAGAGACCCAUAAAAUGUUCACCAGCUGGUUUUAUUGACCUCCUUUUUUUUUUUUUUUUGUAAUCCGCCUAUGGCAACAGCGACAGGACAAAAAGUAAACAACACCACACACAUCAUUAUAAAUCAUGCAGCAAGCCCCAGAGAAACGAACGGACAUGUACAUACUGGACACGAGGGAGGUGCACGCUUCCUAAACAUGGCUGUAUAAUAUUUUUGAUUCUUUUUCAAUACAUUUGUGUUUCUCUAAUUUUGAAGAUAAAAAGGUAUGUGCUCUCAUAACAGCCCCCCCCACCACCACCACCACCACCCCACACACUUGUUUUAUUUUGAAUCUCGGUGUAUUUUAGGUCUGGAGACGGUCCUGUCAAUCAUAGAAUGUGACUAAUCUGAGCACUUGGCAGAAAAAAUAAAAAAGACAGAAAAAAUGCUUCUAGCUGUACAUGUAUGCACUUGUUUAAAAAAAAAAAAAAACUUGCCAAAUACAGUUUCAGACCUUGUAAUAAUACCUCUGCUGUCUCUGUGGUUUGCUUAUUCUCCAUAAUCAGUGAGCCAGGAGGUUGUUUGGUUUGGAGACUCACGGCCUGAUCUGUGAUUCAGCCAUGAUGCAACUCCAGCAGGAACAAACUGGCUUCCAGGGAGGAGUGGGUGGAAGAGAAGUCGAGGAGGGAGGUGGGGGGAGGGUGCAGAAGUGGGUUGCAUAAACGUUUUGUACAGUAAAUCGUACGUAGGCGGGCCGAGGACGCUCGCCUCCGGGGGCCUUCGAGCCCUGGGGAGAUAAGCAGGGCCUAUAAAUAGUGUGCCGUGGAAACGCGACGCUCUUCAUAGUGAGGCGCUUGUUGACGUGUUUGUGGUGUCGAAAUGUUGGCAUGAAUGCAUCAAGGUUUCGCCCCUCAUCUCGUCCUUUUUUAUUUUACUUUUAAGGAGCUGGCAGCAGAUGAGGCCUGUUGUUGACUGACUGAACGUCACGCCCACAGUUUACAGUGAAAACACGUGAGGUCAUGCGGCGGCGGCCCUCUGGGACUGUUACGCUGGGAGCUGAGCGAGCGGCUCGUUGCCGGUUUUUCCACAUAACUUGCUCUGCCAGGACGUCAGAGGCGCCUCUGGGCCCUGUUUUGGCCCCUGCGGGGGGAGGGGGGCCUCCUUUCAGACAAGAUCUGUGUGGCGCUUAAAUCUUUGUUUUUUUUCUCGUUAGGACGGCACACACGUGGUUUAAUAUUUCAAGUUAAUAUUCUGCAUUAAAAGCGUUCGAUUCGGCCACUUGUGGAUUUUUCUCUCAUCACAUUCGGUUGGAGGAAAGUAACAUGAAGGAGUGUGGAGGGGCCCCUGCCUUGGAGCAGAGGGGCAGAGGGAGGAUGUAACUGCCUUGCUCAGGGGUCACGUGCUCCUCAGUGGAAUUCCUGAGUCACUGUCCUCCCCCCUUCCUCCUCCCGCCCUUCCUCCUCCUCUGCUGCAACAACACGCCUUCCACUGUUCAUGGCUGAUCACUCAGCGAGCGGAUGAAUGGGGGCCUGUGUGUGUUUAUGCCGGGGGGCCCCUGUCGCUUUCAGCCGCCAUUCAGAGAUCAGCGGCGGCGAGGAGGAAAAAACGUUAACCCUUUGUUCACUCUGUCUCUCUGCUGCAGACGCUCUGUUUACCGUCAGAUUCGUGUUUGAACACAUUUAAAAAGUAAAAUAAUUCACUCUUUACGUCUGCAGAAAAAUCUGGACUGUUUUUUAUUUACUACUCAUUAGAGACAGUGAAGGCAACAGAGGGGCUGAAACCUUCAGCUCGGGGGACAUAAACAUGAUUUAAGUCAGUCCGCUUCCUCUCAGCUGUACUUGUUUUAGAUCAUUUAUAAACUGGAUAUCUUCUGGACAGUCGGCCAGAAAAAACAAGCAGGAGGAAACCUUUUUAUUUCACCAUUUUCUAGAACACUUACUCAGAAAGAAAUCAGAAGCAGAUAAAUCAGCAGUGAAAAUAAUCUUUUAGCUGCUCCCUGCGUCAGUGUUGCAUCAAUAAUAAACGGCCUUUAAAAGAG